AGCGUAGAGACACGGAUGUUAAUAAAAACAGAAAUUGCCAUUUUGCAUAGGUGGCGCGCUUUCUGCAACCAGUUUGAGGGCAUUGUGGAAGAUUUCAACUACGGCACCCUGCUGCGUCUGGACUGUGAGAAGGACUACAGCGAGGAAAACACCAUAUUUGCCACCAGAGUCCAGUUUUUUGCUGUGGAGAUUGCCCGGAACAGAGAAGGCUGCAACGACACCGUGUUCAGAUCCAAACAGUCUAAAAGCUAACCUCCAGAUGUACCGGCGUGAACCCAUUUCAUCCAGCUUUCCAUCACCAUGAGAUGAACUGUCAGGCUGCUUGCAUGUCCUUGGUGCCAUUUAUCUUCCAACUUUUUUGUUUAUAAUUCCUUUAUAGAUUCAUUUAUUUUCUGCUUCAUUUGGAACUAUGUGCAAAAAUAAAACAUUUUAAUACACAAUCUGC